CAGCUCUCAGCUCUCGGAUGCAACGAGGCAGUCGGAAGGCAGUGGGCAGCAUCACUGGCCACUGACCAAGCCAGCAUCCCUUGAUUUGACUCUGGAAUGGCACCAGUAGGCUAGUGGUGUCCUGGGAUAUAUGUGACCCUGUUGCUGUGAUUCUGCCAUCCCACUGUCGCCUUUGCUAGUCACUCAGGGAGCAGGCAAAGGGAGAUGCAGUUUGGAAAUGAGUGCUGCUAAGCAGGAAACCCAGUGUCAGACGGCUGCACGAAUUGUCACUGACCUAUGUCGCCAGAAGAGCCUGCCCCAGCUGGACCUGGAAACCUGCAAAGAAUUUCUCCUCUUUCCCGACCUGAAUGGCCCAGAGCCAGAACUCUCCAUCAGUCUUCUUGCAGUGAUAGUAAUUGUAUGCGGACUGGCUCUAGUGGCAGUUUUUCUAUUCCUUUUUUGGAAGCUGUGUUGGGUUCCUUGGAGGAACAAAUCUAUUUCAACUAAUACCCCCACCACUCAGAAUUUGGCAGAGCACGACAAAGACAAUAUGGCUGACAAGCUAAAAGAUACUGGAACUCUUGGAUUCUUGGAAGCAGCAGUAAAAAUUAGUCACACGUCACCAGAUAUCCCAGCAGAAGUUCAAAUGUCCAUGAAAGAUCAUCUCAUGCGACGCACACGAAUGCAGAGACAAACAACAGAACCUGCGUCUUCCACCAGGCACAUUUCUUUCAAGAGGCACCUGCCCAGACAGAUGCAUGUUUCCAGUGUGGACUAUGGCACGGAUCUGCCACUUGCAGCAGAGCAGCCCACUUGCAUUGGCCGGAUCAAGCCUGAGCUGUACAAACAGAAAUCUGUGGACUCUGAGGACCCCAAGAAAGAAGCGGAAAAAACCUGUGGGAAAAUAAAUUUUUCUUUGAAAUACGACUAUGAAAAUGAGACUUUGAUUGUGCGGAUCCUCAAGGCUUUUGACUUGCCUGCCAAGGACCUCUGUGGCAGUUCUGAUCCCUAUGUUAAGAUCUACCUCCUGCCUGACCGAAAACGCAAGUUCCAAACACGUGUGCACAGGAAAACUCUCAAUCCCACCUUUGAUGAAUGCUUUCAAUUUCCUGUGCCCUAUGAAGAGCUGACCAAUAGAAAGCUCCAUCUUAGUGUCUUCGACUUCGACAGGUUUUCCCGGCAUGACAUGAUUGGGGAGGUAAUCUUAGAGAACCUCUUUGAAGCCUCGGAUCUCUCUCGGGAGACCUCCAUCUGGAAGGAUAUUCAGUACGCUACAACUGAAAGUGUGGAUCUGGGAGAGAUCAUGUUUUCCCUUUGUUACCUGCCAACUGCAGGUCGCCUCACUCUAACAGUCAUUAAAUGCAGGAAUCUCAAAGCAAUGGAUAUAACUGGAUACUCAGAUCCAUACGUCAAAGUAUCUUUGCUCUGUGAUGGAAGGAGACUGAAAAAGAAGAAAACCACUAUAAAAAGAAAUACACUUAAUCCUACCUAUAAUGAGGCAAUAAUUUUUGAUAUCCCUCCUGAGAACAUGGAUCAAGUCAGUCUGCUUAUAUCAGUUAUGGAUUAUGAUCGGGUUGGCCACAAUGAAAUUAUUGGGGUUUGUCGUGUGGCAAACAAUGCUGAGGGACUAGGCAGAGACCAUUGGAAUGAAAUGUUGGCUUAUCCACGUAAACCAAUUGCACAUUGGCAUCCACUCGUAGAAGUGAAGAAAUCCUUUAAGGAGCAAUGUCCAGGGUUGAAUGCCCCCAAGGCAGUGAUGCCUGUAGCAGAACCGUCCAAUCCCCUUUCUACUAUGAUGCUGCCUUCCUCCAAAUAUUCCAAGUGGCAUGGCCGUGCAGCCAGCUUUGAUAGUCAAAGUUCCUGCCCCUCUCCCAAACCACCUACAACACCAUGAUCCAUCAAGUGGUGAAUAUUGGGUCUCAACCGAAUUCUUUUUGUUUUGCUCUGAUAUUUUCUCCAUGGGUCUUGAAUUCUGAUUCAACCUAUUGCUGAGUAGCAGAAGAAUGGGGAUCAGACAUUCCUUCUUUCCACCGUGAAAAAAGGCACCAAGCCCUUUUACAGUGAUGUUUGUCCUAGUUAUUUCUUUCUCUCAAGGUGAUGUACUUUGUGUUUUUUCACUUUUUGGAUAUGGCUGCUAAGAAGAAAAGAAAAGAAAAGAAAAGAAGAAAGAAAAGGCAUAGGCUGGAACUCUGGCCUAUAAAAUAACAUGUAAAAUAGUUAUUUGUGUGUAUGUAAAGCGACAAAUAAUAGAGAGCUGUUGUACUUCUGCACAUCAGCAUGCAGAUUUAAAAGAGACAGCAGAAUGAAAAAUGAGAAGACCUUGAUUAGGCUCCUUGUGACAUGUGAACACCCUUUUGUUAUUGUGAUCAGUGAGACAUUACAGCUUUUCUUAUUCAUGCUGUGAUGUUCAUGGAAUCUGUGAAAUACAGCCCAGCCUGUCCUUCUGUAUAUUUUAAAGAGUUGCUAAUUCCUCAGGGAGAAAUGAUCCAUUUUUUUUUGUAGUUGUGUUCUUGAAAGAGCCUUUUGCAUGAAUUCAGCUGCUUAAGGUCCUGUGAACUCCUGUGGCAGUUCUGCACUGAUUACAGGUUUGUGAACUUUUUUUUUUAACUAUUUCUCUUUUAUAUAUUGAUUUGCCAUUUCUCCUCCCCCCUCUCCGCCUGCCCGCUAAAAUUGUUAUAUUUAGAUAGGUCUUUUUUCAUUGUGAUUUAGUUCAGGUUUUGUCAAGAAGCAAAUACACUGAAUUAAAUUAGUUUGCCAGAAUUAUUUUAAAAAUUAGCUUCUUUAAAUUUGGAAUCUCAAACAGGGCAAAACGUCUUUUACACUUUUACAUUCCUCUGCCCUGCAAAAAUGAAAGAUUACACAUUUACAACGUUUUCACAAUAAUUAUUUCUAAUAGAGUUUUGUUUCCUUUUUAUUAAAUCACAAGGUUGUCACAGGUCAUUUAUCUUCAUCUGAUUUUGAGGGUGCUAAUAAUGGCAUGCUGGUGCUGUAUGUAAUUUUACUCUCAUUUGCCCACCAUUGCUCAAAAUACUUUUCUGUGUUUGCCUCUCUUGCCUGUGCUUACAGCCGGUUUUUAAUAUUUAAAUACAGCAAUCAAGUUAGCUGCACUAGAUUAACAUGGGUCUUUCUGGGAAUUUAUCAUUAUCUUUUUUCUCCUACUCCUAGAAUCAUUUUUAAAUGUUCUUUUUAAUUUCUCCAGGGACAUGCAAAAACCCUUGGUCCCUUCAUAGCCAAACAGCAUGCACAUAGUAAACUUUUGCUGCAAAUUUUGGCAAGUAUUUCCCCCCCCCCCCAAUGCAAAUACCAAAAGUCAGUUGAUAUUAAAUCUACUUCAGCUCAAGCCUUGCACUUUCAUUAUCUUCAACAUCCUGGUACCUGCUAUGUCUUAUGUACCUGCUUCUAUGCUGUUGCCGAACAACUGAAAGGUGGCAGUCAUAGUGGCCAGGCUGCUGACAUGUGGUUACUACAAUACCAGCAUUAUCAAUAACCAUUUGUAACAUUGCUCAGUGAUGAAGACUUAAUGUUGACACUGCUGAAAGAUGAAGCUUGUAAAGUUUUGGCAUGAAUAGAGCUCUGCUAAUCCACCUAUGGAACCAAUACUUUUAAAAGAAACAUAAUAUACAAAUAUCGAUGAUCUCAGUUUAGAGCAUUAACUUUCCAAAGCUUUCAUUGCAUGAAAUCAAUUUACUUGUCUUCUGGGGAUUAAUAUUUAAGCACAAUGAGCGUUAGGAAAACUUGAAUACAUCUGGUUUCACUGAACUAAACAAAACUAUAUUGUAUUGUUACCCUUUUCCCAUCCUAUUAAUUUCAGUGGGAACUGAGAUGUCUCCAGCUUUCUCUAAAUUUUUCUCCACCCAGCAAAUAUGAUCCAUGCCUGGAAGCUAAGGUCUAAAUAAGGAUUAUCAUUCUGAAUCUCAUUCUCCAAAGGUCAAAUGUUGCUACUAGGAUGAGGGUAUAUACAUCUUGUGGCACAUACAUAAUACCUCUUCUCUGUACUGUGCACUGAGAAACAAAUUAACAAAGCUUACAGACUUAAAAACACUGGCCAGCUCUUCAGUAGGUAAAGCCAAUAUCCAGAGGCCAUCAGUUUCUGGAUCAGAGAAAUCAAUUACAAUGUAUAAAUGGUUCCUUGUAGUGAGUUUUCAUGAGAGUCUUAAAAAUGACUUAGUUUACAAAAAUACCUCUGCUAAGCUUCUUCCCUUUGGUUUUGUUAGGCUUUUUAUCUCCUUGACAGGGAUAUUAUUGUGUCUUUCAAGUGAUAUUUGAAAUAUUUUGCUUUUAGACUUGCAAUAUUACUUGUAAUGACCGAAAUGUUCUCAAAUCACGUACAUUAACGUUCCACCCAUAAACGUUCAGUGCUGAGCCCAAUUUUUUAACAAACACUUUUAAAAUUUAAUCAUAAUCCUUAUCCCUGCAUUAAUGUUCUGACUCACUGAUCUGAAUACUUUCCAGACUUCUGUAAAUAACUUUGUAGGGAAAUUUUGUUCCGCUAAAGACCAAUUUGUUCUAGCUCUUCACCACACCUUGUGUCUUAAUUUCCUCUGUACGUGCCACAUGCUACAGGAGCAUCAGUCUAAUAAAGUGACUUUUUUUUUUAACUCUUGUCUUGCGCAUAA